CAGACAAGAAGCAUACCGCAGAAGAACCCACACAACCGUUCCAAUACGCACAGAGGGAGAACGGGAGCUGGGGUAGCUGGCUCGGCAGUGCUGUCUUUAGAGUUUUUGCUUCAAGUUAUCAGCUCUUUUUUAAUGUCAUUUCUACGGGGAGAUAAUCUAAUUCUUCCAUGAUGAAACUUGUGCUUGUUUUUGCUUUGGUUGCGUCGUUCUUCGCAGAAAAUCUAUUACUUCCCGUUGGAAAAGAACGACAGAGAGAAGAUGUGGUAACACGGUGUUUGGUUGAGGUCCUGUCCAAGGCACUGACCAAACCUGACUCUCACCCUCUGGAUCAGGAAUGCAAAGACAUUCUCAAAGCAGGUGCCCAACAUGCUGCUCUUCUGGAGAAGAAAAGUGAUGAGGAGGUGCUGACCCAUAAAGAGGAAGUCAAAGGUCAUGAACCUGAGCUUGAGGUUCCAGGGGCUGAUGUGAAGGACAUCGAGGCCCGCCUGAAGUCUGUGGAGGAGAAGAGAGAGACACCGGAGGACGAAGAGCGCAGCCAGGAGUCAUGGGACCUCAACGCUGAGAAGGAGAAGAGGAUUUGGAAACCAACGCACAGGUAUCAUCAUAAAGAAGUGUCUGAGGAAAAGAGAGAAGAGCCAGACGAAGAACGUAGUCAGGAAUCCUGGAGCCUGGGUGAUGAGAAGGAGAAGAGAUAUAGGCCUACCUAUCGGUACACCCCAAAGAAAUUACACAUACGAGAUGACAAAAGUGAAAAGUGCAGUCAGGAGUCCUGGGAUCUGAAAGAUGAGAAGGAAAAGAGAGAGGAGGAAGAGGAAAGAGAGAAAAGAAUGUGGAAACCCCCACACAGAUAUCACCACAAGAAACACCACAAACGAGGUGCUGACUCAUCAGAGGAGGAAUCAGAGGAAAAGAGAUCAGAUGAGUCCGAAGAAGAGGAGGAUAGAGAGAAGAGAAUCUGGAAACCAACAAACAGGUACCAUCACAACAAGCGUCACCAACGCAGUGGGGAUUCCUCGGCGGAGGAAGAAGAGGAACGAAGGAGUGAUUCUGACGAACAGGAGGAGAAGAGGUACGGAGAUGCCGAGGAGGAGAGAGAGAGGUACCUGGCGGAGAAGAGGAGUGAGGUGGAGAGUCGUCUCCUGGGGGAGAUAGAUGAGAAACGUUCUCCCUGGGCGUACAGAGGAUACUACCACCCCGCCUGGUGGAAGAGAGGCAUAGAGCCACUUACACCAUCACAUAAGAUGGAGGAACUGGCAAAGCUGCUGAAGAGGCACCAACUGGCCAGCCAAUCAGAGCCAGCGGAAGAGAGGCAGAAGAGCAUACCUCUAACCCCAGAGGAGGAGAAGGAGCUGCAAAACCUAGCAGCUAUGGACAUGGAGCUACAGAAAAUUGCUGAGAAGAUGCAUGAAAACAGGAGCAAAUAGAUAGUGGACAGGCCGACAGGGAUGCUAAACUACGAGCUCAGUGUGCUAACCCUGUUUAAGAAAACAUUAAAGAGAUGGGAGGACAAAAAAAAACAAAUUCUGCUGUGAUAACAUCAACGUAAAUAAAGGUUCAAUAAAAAAAAUUCAGGUACAAAAGAAUCAGCAUGGAACCGUUUAGUUUCUAUUAGAUAAUAUCAAAGAUAAAACAGAUGCUUUUGCUUAUUUGUCACAGAUUUCUCUAUAUAUAUUUAAAGUGUGCAUUGCCGUUUUCUUCAAACUUUUGAAUGGUUUGUUUGUUUCUUCAGUCUGCAUUUAAUAAAAUAUAUUAUCCUGGGACCAAG